CAGGUUAUCUGAGGUGACGUAGGUGAUCGUGCAUUGGUUGAUGAUCAUUACCUGUGAAGCCUUUUCAAGCAAGAAUGGAUCUCCAGGAUGGAGCAGAUGAUCAUGUACACCUGGAUUACAGUAUUGUCAAGGAAGAGUACAAAAUCCAGGAACCUCCUCCAAUCCACAAAGAUGAUCAACAACCAGAUUUGAAAACUGAAACACAAAAGAAGCAGAAUAAAACGGAAAGGCCCAGAAAAUCCAUUUGCUCCGUUUGCAGCAAAGGAUUCAUCUCUCCUGCCCUCUUGAGGUACCACAUGGUUGUCCACACAAAGGAACGUCCCUGCAAAUGCCCACACUGCCCAAAAGCUUUUGGGAAUCAAAAACGCCUCAUGAAGCACAUGCAGAUCCACAAGGAACGUCAGAAGCAUCCCUGUAGCCAGUGUGGGAAGCUUCUCAUGAGUCGCGAUAGCCUUGUGCGUCACAUCAAACUCCACGUAGCCACCAGGAAGUUUGAAUGCGCUCAAUGUGGACAAGGGUUCAAAGAUAAGCCCUGUUUGAAGCAACAUCUCUUCCAGAUCCACUACAAGAAUAAGCUGCACGUGAUUGAGGCCCCAAAGUAUCCCUGUAAGGACUGUGGGAAGAUCUUCUGGGACAGAUCUGCCCUGAAGAGGCACUCAAUCACCCACACAGAUAUCCGGAAUGUCGAAUGCCCCAUUUGUCUGCGGAUGUUCAAGCAUAAGCAGCAUCUAAAGAAUCACAUGCUAACCCAUAGUGAGGAGAAACCCUUUGUCUGUGAAGUUUGCAACCGAUCUUUCCGGAAGCUCCAAGAAUUGCAACGGCACCGAAAAGGAACUUCCUUGGCGUGCAACUACUGCAGCAAGAAGUACAGGAGUCCCGGAGGAUUGGAACAGCAUCUUCAUGUGACACACAGAGGUUUCCCAAGAAAGUGGAAAGGUGGACCGAUUUCCUGUACAAUCUGCAAAAAGACUUUUAAUACUCCGGAAAAGUUGAAGCAGCACGUCAGGAAACAUCCUGUGGAGACGCCUUUUGAGUGUGCUCAUUGUGGGAAGAAUUUUCCAGAUAGACGAAGGAUCAGAUCACACAUUACUGUUGUUCACAAAAGCAGCAAUAAAAGAAAAGGAACUGUCUUCAAGUGUCCAGACUGCAACAAGGAAUUCCGCGGGAAGAAUCUCUUUGCCAGUCACCGGGUGAUCCACAGCAAGGAGAUCUCCUAUGAAUGUGAAGUCUGUAGGAGAAAAUUCAAAACUUGGGACUACCUGCAGAAGCACAUACGGAUUCAUCGGGAAGAUCGCCCCCUAUUUCCAUGCAAAAUCUGUGGGAUUAAGUUAAGAUCUGCAAAGAAUCUUCAGAAGCAUGAACAGCGCCAUGAAAAUGAUUCGGUACGGCAGGCUUGUGACAAAGCAAGCCAGAAGGAAGGAAAGAAGGAAGAUCAGACAAAAGGAAAGGAGAAGGAUCAGAACAACAAGAGUCUCAAUGACACGUCAAAGGAUCAGGAAGAUCAGGAGAAAUUACAAUUGAUCCCAUUUCAAAUUAAAACUGAAGAUGAUAGUGCGGAUGAUCUUCACUUAACGGAGUUAACGACUGAAUUUGAAUGUUCCGAAACAAUCAAAAUUGAAAGUGACUUAAAAUUUGUGAUUAAAACUGAAUUUGACUCCAUUUUGAUUAGCAAAUUAGGUUAUGUUUCAAAGGAAGUUAUUCUCAGAAUAAAUCAAUUCUUGUGCAGCAAAAUCAUGGAUUUCGAUGAGAAAAUUCCAAUAAAAACAGAGAUUAAAAUUGAAAAAGAAGAUCCGGAAAAUCUAUUUGUGGAUUCAGUCGUCAAGGAGGAGUACAUCAUUCAGGAAGAUGAGAUUCCGGAUGACAAAGUGAAGCAGGAGCCAAUUCCUGGGAAUUCUCAGGUGAAACAGGAAGUCGUCCAGUUUGUAAUCCAGGACGUAUCUGAGGGGUAUGUUGGGAAUGAGGAGAAAGUAGGAAGAAGAAAGGCGUUCCAAUGCCCAAUUUGUGGGAAGAAAUUCCUGCAGAUAAAUCACCUAAAGAGCCACUCGAGAAUGCAUGUGGAUGGCUCAAUUGGGCACACGCGCACCUGUUCAAUUUGUGGGAAGUUCUAUCGCAACAAAUACAACUUCCGGAAGCACUAUGAAAACCACAUGAAGGAGCCAAAGCCACCAGAUCCCGAUAAACCACGAAGAGUCCGGAGACGGAGGAAGGAGAAGCCUAAACCAACGUGUGAGCAAUGCGGGAGAGUCUUUGCGAAGAAGAGUAGACUUGUGAGGCAUUUAGCAAGUCGAGCUCAUGACAUGUUCUACCGUUGCCGUCUUUGCGGAGCACCCUACAAAGAUCGUACUGCCCUCCGGAUGCACCAUCAAGAGGAGCACAGGAAGUUUUUUGAAUGUGCCGAAUGUGGGAAGGAGUUUGAGAAGAAAGUCUGUCUCAGGAAUCACCUUUGGCGUUUUCAUUUUGUUAACAAGAUACCGGAUUACUUGAAGAAGAAGGAAGUUUCCUGUGAACUGUGCGGGAAGAUUUUUACUCGAACUGAUUACUUGCGGUAUCACCUGAAGAUAAUUCAUGGUGACCACAAAGAAGCUCCUUGUCCGCAUUGCCCGAAGACGCUAAAGAAUGAAAUUCAACUCAGGUCUCACAUUGAGAGGCAACAUAAACCAGAGAAGCAAAUCCACAAGUGCAACACCUGCAGCGCAACAUUUUCAAUCAAAACUGCCUACAUGAGGCACCUGAUGACGCACAUAAAGGAACCUGUUAACUGCUACUACUGCAGAUCAGUACUCAAGAACAGAGCACGUCUCAGGAGACAUAUUGUUGCGAAACAUAAGGGGCUUCCGUGGGAUAUUAAAGAUGGCCCAAUUUCAUGUCCAAAAUGCCAGGAAAGUCUUGAGAAUCUCACAGCCUUCAAUCAACACUUUCUGGAGACUCAUCCUUCGGAUGAACCAGAAAUCGUUGAAUGCAGCAUUUGUCAAAAACAAUACACAAGAAAGGGGAAUUUAGUGAAGCAUAUGCUUCGUCAUACAGGAAGACAAUUAAAUGCGGAUGAAGAGUCAGCUGCGGAAAAUUCUUUAUCAGACAAGGAAGAAAAUCCCGGAAAUAAUCUCAUUGAUCCAUGUGAUAUAAAGACUGAAGAGACUGAAGUGACUGAUGGGGCCGAAGACCCACUUCAGUUCAACUAAAGAUUCCGGAUACACCGACAACCUUUCCGGAAGUAAAAACAAAUGUUAAUUUUAUUGAAAAAUUAAAUAACUUUAAAAAUUAUUUAUUAAAAAAUAAACAAAGAAAAUAAUUUUCUAUCUCCGG